CACACAGAGGCAGCCGAGAUGAGAGUGUGAAGCAGUGAGAGGGAAACCUAGAAAGAACAGCAAAGGCGAUCAGAAAGGGAGGAGGGAGUCAGCGAACACAGCAAAAAGGCUGAGCAGAGUAGAAAAAAAGAGGAGAGGAGAGGGUAAUGUGAAUGUACUAUCUUUGAUAGUCCUGGUGCCAAAGUCAAAAGAUGCAAUGACUAGAUGACCAGCCACUACACACACCAGCAUCCUGUCCUGGAGCCUUGACAGGAGGGGACAAGACAAAUUAAUACGCACUAAAAGGCAAACACUCUCUUCAAACAGCCCUACAUCACUGGAUCAUGUCGACUACUGGGUCAACCAACCACAACAAACAUCUGGCAUCGGAGACAGACAACUCUCAGAGGGUGUUGGACAAUGAUUCUGCCCAGCAGCUGAAGCUGAGGGAGAGACAGCGCUUUUUUGAAGAGGUCUACCAGCAUGAUGUGGACAACUACCUGCCCUCUGCUCACCUGCAGAUUGACUGCAGGAAACCCCCUAUGGGUAGUAUAUCAUCUAUGGAGGUGAAUGUGGACGUGCUGGAGCAGAUGGACCUGAUGGACAUCUCUGACCAGGAGGCCCUCGAUGUGUUCCUCAACUCUGGCUCAGGAGCAGAUGAGGGAGCGCUGGCAUCCCCACUACCAGAGGAUGAGGAUGAAGACGAGGAUGAAGAAGAUGAAGACGCAGAGGUUGUCUACAGGGAACAUGCGCCUUUGAAACGGCAAAAUGAAGUUCACCGUGGUUCAAAGUCUCGCAUGUCCUCUACAUCAUCUGGUUCUAGUGAUUCCAGAGGAAUCGACACACCUGUGAUCCAGUCGGAUGAUGAAGAAGUCCAUGCUGACACUCUGCUGCUGACCUCUGUUCCCCAAACCAGGGAUGAAGAAACAGAAGAGGAGGAAGAAGAGGAUAGAUGCCUUGCAACUAAAUCUUCAUAAAGACUGAAUUUUAC